UCUUACUUUGGACGCUAUUCAAAACAUCAAAUGACAUUUUAUUCUCUUUUUUGAAAAUAAUCGGUGUAGGAUUUUCCCGUCAGCCCCUUUGUCAGAAAUCCAUCAUGGCGCCGGUCGGGUUGUUGGCCAGUGUGUCAAAACCAGCAUGGAGACUUGGCUAUGUCCUGAGGCCAGUGGCAGUCAGCUGUGUGCGGGGUGUCUCUCACCUGGAAAAUGUGGGGAAAGGAACCUUCAAGUUAGUGAACCCUCCUGAGAAGGAAGACAAGACCCUGAAGGAAAUCACAGACAAGGCAGCGACAACGCUCUUCCUUACCGAGCUCAUCAGAGGUCUGUCCAUGGCCAUCAGCUACAUGUUCCGCGAGCCGGCCACCAUUAACUACCCGUUUGAGAAGGGUCCGCUGAGCCCGCGUUUCCGCGGCGAGCACGCCCUGCGGAGGUACCCGUCUGGGGAGGAGCGCUGCAUCGCCUGUAAGCUGUGUGAGGCCAUCUGUCCGGCACAGGCGAUCACGAUUGAAGCAGAGCCUCGCGCUGACGGCAGCCGCCGAACGACCCGGUACGACAUCGACAUGACGAAGUGCAUUUAUUGUGGGUUCUGCCAGGAGGCGUGUCCUGUGGAUGCUAUAGUGGAGGGUCCGAACUUUGAGUUUUCGACAGAGACACACGAAGAAUUGCUGUACAACAAGGAGAAGCUGCUAAACAAUGGAGACAAAUGGGAGUCUGAGAUAGCAGCCAACCUACAGGCUGACUUCCUCUAUAGAUAAAUGUACUGGACAAUUCUGGGUUUUCAUCUACCAAACAUAACACAAUGCCACAACUCUAUUCCCAGCCCAACCUACAGGCAGACUUCCUCUAUAGAUAAAUGUACUGGGGACAAUUCUUGGGUUUUCACCUACCAAACAUAACACAAUGCCACAACUCUAUUCCCAG